CCAGCAAGAGACAGGGACAGACAGCGUGAGACUCAGAGCGAGAGACGGGGAUAGGUACCUACAUAGCAUGAGAAAGAGAGUAGACAAACAGCAAUAGAGAGGGACAGAGAUAGAGAGACGGCGAGAAAAGGAAUAGUUUUAUGGAGAGGGAGACAAAAAGAGAGAGGGAGAUGUUCCGAAACAGACAAAGAUAGUGAACGAGAGAGAGAGAUGGAGACACAGAGUGAGAGAAGGGGAGAGACAGUCUGAUAGACCGGAAUAUACACAAACAGUGACAGGGAAAGGGUGCCUACGGCGGUUUCCUGUUCGCAUUAACUGGCCUUUUGCAGUGGACGCGGGAUGGAAAGGCCGGCAGCUGAGGCUAGCGGCGGCCGCUGAGAACUCCCUCUUCCCCGGGAGAUGGAGCCCAGGACAAUCCUGAUGGUGAUCGCAGUCUGGAUGCGCUCCGGGUUCGGCUCCAAGCUCCUGAGCGGUGAGAACGUGUGCCGCAGGGGAGUCGAGCGCCCCUGUUAUCAAAUCGCCUAUUUCCAGGACACCUCACUGAGGCUCAGGUUUGAAGAGGCACAGAGCGAGUGCCAGCGUGAUGGGGGGAACCUCUUGAGCAUUGAGACGGCGAAUGAGCAACGAUUUGUGGAAAAGUUGAUCGAAAGCUUGUCCGCAGGCGAUGGUGAUUUCUGGAUUGGACUCUGGCAGAAAGAGAAUGGGAACAAUAGUGCUACAGAAUGCCCUGGCCUCUAUGAGUGGAUUGAUGGCAGUGAUGCUGAGUUUCGCAACUGGUAUGUGGAUGAGCCAUCGUGUGGUAGUGAGGGGUGUGUGGUGAUGUAUCACCAACCGUCUGCUUCCUCAGGAAUGGGAGGCCCCUAUCUUUACCAAUGGAACGAUGAUCGAUGCAACAUGAAGAACAACUUCAUCUGCAAGUAUGCUCCAGUUCAAGAUUCCUUAACUCCAGGGUCAACACCAACUCCCAUUGAUGGGAACAGCUCGGAAGAAGACAAAGCCCUGAACAUCCUCUACAUUAUUAUUCCGACAAUCCCAGUGCUCCUCCUCCUGGUAGUGCUCAGUGCAACCUUCUGUCUCCGCUUCAUUGUGAGAAGGAGGAAGGAGAGGUGUGAGACAAUCGUGAAGGAGCAGAAUUUCUGGAUGGAAUCUGUCAGAAGCAACUCUCCAAAACUGGAGAUUUACAAUGUCAUCAUGAAGCAGUCAGAGGCUGAUUUAACUGGAGCCCGACCUCACAUAAAGAACAUUUCUUUCCGAACCUCUGCUCCCAGCCAGGAGCUGGACAAUGUUUCCAGAGAAUUUGACAACGUUGGCACCAAUUGUUCCACAAGUGGUUUUGUGACAAAUGAGAUUUAUGAACCUUAUAGCCAUCAAGUGAAAAGAAGUGGAGAUUCCGGCUGGGUGGAAAAUGAGAUUUAUGGUUACUAGGAGGAUCCAACGUAGAGUUAAUUCUUUGUCAAACUCUAACCGAGAGAUGAAUUGUUCAUUGCUCUCUGCUGAGACUCUCUCCAUCCUGCUGGAGAAAGGGGUUCAGUUACAGCAUGCAAAGCAUGCACAGGAGAUGCGCCCAUUAAUAGCAAGUGAGACAGACUCAUCUCUAAAAGUAGAAAUCGAAGACUGUAAGCCAUCAACACAGAACUGGGACCUAGAGCAAAGCUCAAUGAGUUGGGAAAAUGUGGUUCAAAUCUCUUACAGUCUUUCUUGUGUUACCCCGUCUUACAGUUCCUACUUCAAAACCAGGACAGCCUGUUCCAAACAUCUGUCCACAAAAUACCUAACACUAAACCCAAUCUGCACAAUAUUUACUGUCAAUAUUUAAUAACUACAAAACUCUAGCAGGAAUUAUUCAGACCUGUUUCUCCCCGAAUGUUGGAGGACUCUUGCAUGUGAAAUGUGACAUCUCUCAAUACACACCCUUCCCUCUCUUUAGGAACAGGGAAAUAGAGGAGGCCAUUCAGCUUGCUGAGAUUGUGUCCUGUCUGUUUACAUUGUGGUGGUCUGUAUCUCAACUCCACAUUCUCUGAUAUCCUUACCCAGCAAAAGCAAAGCCAUCAAGCUCGGUUUCAAAAUCUUCAACUUACUCACAACAUCCACAGUCUUUUCUGGGAAAGUGCUCCAGAUUAUUAAAUCCACAAUUUGUGUUAAUAUUGUGGGGAAAAACUUAAACAUCAGCAAUAUAUGUUAGAAAUCCGAGGGAAGAGUUUUGCAAAAGUAUACUGGAUGGUUUAUAUCUGGAAUGUUUUCUGGAUUAUGGUAAUUUUAUUUUUGAAUCCAUUUAAUGGUUUUAAAAUGCCUAUCUUUUUUGCGCUGGGAAUAAAUGUAAGUGUGUUUUGCUGUAAUGAUUUGGAAAAACUGGGCUAUGGAUCUGAUAAUGUUAUCAGCUCCUUAAAAACACCUGAACAUUGCACAGAGCAACAAUGAAUUGGCUUUAAAAUGCAA